GGGCAGCUCAUCCAACCAGUCCCCUACACACAGCCCUGCCAGGCAUCAGAACGUGCCGCUAUUUCUUGGUGUUUGUAUGCAGGACAGACACAGCAGCUAAAAGCGGGGGAAGCCGAGGCAUGGCCCCCAGGAAAACCCACUAACUGAGCCUAGUCGCCUUCCUACCUUCUUCUGCAGCAACCAGGAUGGAAAAACAGAUGUAAAAUCCCUCAUGGCGAAGUUCAACACAGGAACUAGCCCGACAGAGGAGGUCUCCACCAACAGCAGGCCUUUCAAAGUUGCCGGCCAAAACGCGCCUUCGGGAAUACAAGCAAGAAAGAAUUUAUUUGACAACCAAGGAAAUGCCAGUCCUCCCGCCGGACCCAGCAACACGCCUAAGUUUGGGACCACAAAACCACCCUUGGCAGCGAAACCUACCUAUGAGGAAAAGUCUGACAAGGAUCCCAAACCCCCAUUUUUAAAACCUAGUGGAGGGAACCAAAGAUUUGGAACACAGCCAAACUCGGCUUCUAGAGACCCCGAGAUCAAAGCGGGGUUUCUGAAACCUGUAAGCCCCAAACCCACCAGUUUGACUAAAGAAGAUCCUAAACCGGCGUUUUUACGACCUUCUGGGAAUAAACUUCACAAUUUGAACCAAGAGUCGGACUUAAGGACGCCAGGACCAAAGCCAGGGCCUACUCCCCCAGUACCCGAAAACGAUGUAAAGCCAGGGUUCUCAAAGGUGGCCGGAGCUAAGAGCAAGUUCAUGCCUGCCGCACAAGAUGCUGACACCAAACCCCGAUUUCCCAGACACACCUUUGGCCAGAAGCCAUCUCUGAGUACAGAGGACUCUCAGGACGAGGAAGGUACCUCUAAAAAUGCAGCUGUCCAGAAAGGACCCCCAGUGCCACUGGGGACCAAGGGCAAGGCUGGCCCUUUCAAACCAGCCAGGGAAGACACAGAGGAAAAGGACAGCGGGACGUCAAGUUCGCCCUUUCCUGGAGUGGUUCUGAAACCUGCCGCAAACAGAGGGAGCCCAGGGCCCUCCAGAAACUCUGAAGAGAAAAAAGAAGAUAGGAAAACAGAUGUUACAAAGAACAUCUUUCUGAAUAAAAUGAAUCAGGAAGAACCGGCCCGGUUCCCUAAGGCCCCUUCCAAGCAGACAGCAGGGACACCAUGGGGUCAAAGUCAGGAGAAGGAAAAAGGAGACAAGAAUUCAGCAAGCCCCAAGCAGAAGCCUCUGCCUCCUCUGUCCGUCUUGGGCCCGCCUCCACCCAAGCCCAACAGACCACCCAAUGUUGACCUGAGCAGAUUCCGCAAAGCUGACGCUGCAAACAGUACCAGCAAAAGUCAGACACCUUACUCAACAACUGCCCUGCCACCACCGCCAACGUCCCAUCCAAGCAGCCAGCCACCACCGCCAACGUCCCAUCCAGGCAGUCAGCCACCACUGCCAGCGUCUCACCCAACACAGCCGCCAGUCCCAAGCCUACCCCCCAGAAACAUUAAGCCUCCCCUUGACCUGAAAAAUACUAUAAGUGAAGAAAAUCAAGAUGGUGUCAUGCACUCUGAUGGUCCUGGAACUCUAGAAGAGGAACAAGAGAGUGAAGGAGAAACAUACGAAGACAUAGAAUCGUCCAAAGAACGAGACAAGAAACGGGAAAAGGAGGAAAAGAAGAGGUUAGAGCUAGAACGGAAGGAACAGAAAGAAAAAGAGAAGAAAGAACAAGAACUAAGGAAGAAAUUUAAGCUAACAGGCCCCAUUCAAGUCAUCCAUCAUGCAAAAGCUUGUUGUGAUGUCAAAGGAGGAAAGAAUGAACUGAGCUUCAAGCAAGGGGAGGACAUUGAAAUAAUUCGCAUCACAGACAACCCGGAAGGAAAAUGGCUGGGCAGAACUGCCCGGGGAUCAUACGGCUACAUUAAAACGACUGCGGUGGAGAUUGACUACGACUCUCUGAAGCGGAAGAAGAACACUCUCAAUGCCGCUCCACCGAGACUUGUUGAAGAUGACCAAGAAGUCUACGACGAUGUGGCUGAGCAGGAUGCUCCCAACAGCCACGGUCAGAGCGGAAGCGGAGGUAUGUUCCCACCACCGCCACCUGAUGAUGACAUUUAUGAUGGGAUAGAAGAGGAAGAGGCUAAUGAUGGAUCCAUGCUGCAGGGCGAAGAGAAGACUAGCACGUGGUCCUGGGGGAUUUUGAAGAUGUUAAAGGGAAAGGAGGACAGGAAGAAAAGUGUCCGAGAGAAACCCAAAGUCUCUGAGUCAGACAGUAAUGAAGGUUCAUCUUUCCCUUCUCCUCCUAAACAACUGGAUGUGGGAGAAGAAGUUUACGACGAUGUGGAUGCCUCCGACUUCCCUGCUCCUCCUGCAGAAAUGAGUCAAGGAAUUAAUGUUGGAAAGACCAAAACAGAAGAAAAAGAUCUCAAGAAGCUAAAAAAACAGGAAAAAGAAGAAAAAGAUCUCAGGAAAAAAUUUAAGUACGAUGGUGAAAUUCGAGUUCUCUAUUCAACCAAAGUUGCUUCCUCCAUAACUUCUAAAAAGUGGGGAGCUAGAGAGCUGCAAAUAAAACCCGGAGAAUCGCUUGAAGUGAUUCAAAGCACAGACGACACCAAAGUUCUCUGCAGGAACGAAGAAGGCAAAUAUGGCUAUGUUUUUCGGAGUUACCUGGUGGACAAUGAUGGAGAAAUCUAUGAUGACAUUGCUGAUGGUUGCAUCUAUGACAAUGACUAGCACGCGGGUCUGUUCAUUCUGCUGUGACCAACAUGAAUUUUAAUUGGAAUGUUUUUGGGUAUCCUAGGAAAAAAAAUGAAUGUACAAAAUGAAAUUUCAAUCUCUUUAUAAAAAUUUGAAAUUUAAAGCUCGGAAAAUGAACUCUUUACUAUGUCAGAAGAUUGGCAGUGAGAUAUAAGAAUUCAUCUCCUUUCUUUGUUUUCAUUUUCUUUUGUUCAGGGGGCUCUUACUUUGCAGUUCAGGCCAUCUUCCAGCCUCAGCCUCCCUAGUGCUUUGACAACAGACAUGAGCCACCACAUCUGGCUUAAGGAUCCCAUUUUACUUCAGUUAUGCUUAUAAAGGCACUAUUUUUCUUUUUUAGACAACCAUUAGGGACUCUUCCCCAUUCCCUAACCCUUUUCAAAGAAAUAAAGAAAAAAGAAAGCCAUCCCAGAGGAAGAAGAAAGAAGACUAUACAGCAGGAAUUCUUAUUUUUAAUCCCACAAGAAGACAACCUAUUGCUCAUGCUGUCCUUACAGCGCUUGCUCAAAUUACCUACUCAGAAAAGGCGGAGUUUCUGAAAGGCAAUGGAGCAGCAAUACAUUAGUCUCGAAGUGUUCUCUCUCUGUUCACUGUGAAGUCAAGUCAAUCACUCACUAAGCAUGCUUUACGUUCUGUAUGUACAUCUAAGAUUAACCUGUACAAGAGUCUAAAGGAAGUCUUAAUUUGUGGGUUCCAGCACACAUGGUUGAAUCUCAGACUUUGUUUAGACUCUCUUAUUGAUCAUGAUGCUACCUUGGCAAUAUUCAUUACCCUUCGAUGUCCUUAUAACAUAGGAUUCAACUACAUUUAUCUCAACAUUUUCCACUACCAAUUAUUUCAAGCUUUUAUGGUUUCCCCAUCUCAGAUGCACACUUCAGAAGGUUUUUUUCUUUUUUCUUUUAAAUCAUUGAUUAAAUACUGAUUAAUAUAUUGUAUAUGUAAAUUGCAAAGAUCCAAUGGAAUUUCUGAAAAGUGACCUCCCCCCAUUGAAUUUUUUAAAAGUCAAGAAUUGUAUGGGAUAGAGAGAUAACUCAGUUGGUAAAAUGCUUGUAUGGCAAGUGCAAAGACUGAAUUCAAUCAACACAUCCCAGAUGACAAUCAUGUGUGCUGACCAGUACUUGGAAUCCCAGUGCCAGGGAGACAGAGAUUGGAGGACCCCUGGGGUUCACUAGUAAGCCUGUACGUCCUGAGUGGUGAGUUCCACACCAAAGAGAGACUCUUGUCCUAGGAGAUGGACAGCAACUGAGGAACAACAGUCAGGUUAUCCUCUGGACGCUACACAUAUAUGCCCGCACAUGCAUGGGAACAUGCACACACAGACUGAAAAAUCUGUAAAGUAGCUCCAGGUCUUCAGAAGGUUAGAUUCAGGGUUUCUAUUAAGUGUUUUGAAAUGUUAGAAAUGUCAGCUUCUACAGCUCAGUUUAUAGGCUGCAGGGCUCUGAGUCUCCUGGGUGGGCAAUGAUUCAUCUCAGCUAGCCUUUGAUUGGAAGUUCUUCGGUGGCAUUAGCCAGCAUGCUUCGUUGUGACGAACUUCUUUUGUCACUAGAUACAAAUUUCAUGGCUCAAAAGUGACUGUGUGUUAACUUUGGGAUCAAAUAUAGGUUAAAUGCUGACUGUAUUUCCAGUAAUUUUCUGUGAUUAAGAGUAGCACAGAUUCAAUGUAAAUGUUAGGCUUUAAAAAUCCCAAAUUAGAUCAAGAGACUCUUUCAGCUUUGGUUUAUAUUCAAAGAAAUGGGCGGAUACCGGUGAGAGACUUAUGUAAUAAUUAUUUAAUAUAUAUUUGAAGUGUUAAUUUUAAUAUACUAAAUGUGAUUUUGUUAUCGAUUGUGUGUGGAAUUUUGUCAUGUGAGAAGAGUGGCCAAUUAAAUAAAUACCUUUCC